AUGUGGAAGCGCUUCAAGCCAGGUAGAAGCAGUAACUCCAAUGACCGGCUGGACCAGACGUCGUCUGCGCCGCCACAUCUAGAGGAAAGGUCGACAUCCGCCCCGACGGGGCCGGCCUCAGACGGUCAACGGCAUAACUCCCUACCGCAUAAUCCGACCCUUAAAGUUCCGACAGAUGCACCUCUACCGAGACGUCGUGCGUCAGCACUCUCCGAUGUCCAUGCCAAGCUCUACUCGCCACACCAGCGGCAGCGUUCGCAGGAUCGGAGAGAUGAUCCGCUGGGCCUCCUCGUGCUCCAUACGCCACCGGAGCGCACAAUAGAUGUCAUUUUCAUACAUGGCCUCGGAGGCACGAGUCUACGGACCUGGUGCCGCGACAGGGAUCUGAAUAAACUUUGGCCCAAACUGUGGCUCCCUGAUGCGCUGCCAACAGCGCGCGUCCUCACCUUUGGUUACAAUGCUCACUUCGCUUCCAAAAAGGAGCAAGCUUCGUCUACUAUCGGCGACUUCGCCAAUGACCUUCUGUUUCGCAUGAAGUAUGGAGAGAACACAGCCGAGCGGGUGGGUCAAGUGCCCAUUGUCGUUGUGGCGCAUUCGAUGGGCGGUCUGGUGUUCAAGAAGGCCUUCGUGCAGGGGCACUUGAACAACGAGUUCAGUCAGAUCGUCUCCAUGAUCAAGGCCGUCUUGUUUCUCGCAACACCUCACCGGGGCACAGACCUGGCCGAAACGCUGAACAGACUGCUACUCUCCGCCUCAUUUUUGGGCCACUCCCCGAAGGAGUACGUCACAGAGCUGGCGCGGAAAAGCCCAACGAUUGACGAGCUGAACGAGGCCUUUAGGCAUCAUGCCUCAAAGCUCCAGAUCUUUUCGUUCUACGAGACUCUGGCCACCACAGCGGGACCCGUGUCAGUCAUGGUCGUCGACAAGGCUACUGCCCUCAUGGGCUACCCAAACGAGACACCGACACCUCUUGCCGCAAAUCACCAUGAUGUCUGCAAGUUCACGAGCACAAAGGACCCCAAUUUUACUUCGGUCAUCGGAGCGCUGCGCAGUGUCGCCCGUUCCGUCGUUUCUCCAACCGACGACCAUGCCUCGAGAAAACGGGACCUGCAACACUUAGUUGACCUGUUAGGCGUCACCGGUCCACCGGAAGAGGACCUUAGCUUCGGGCGUUCAGCGCGAAAGGAGGGCACCUGCGAGAGUUUUCUGGCGAGUGAUGAGGUAGACAGUUGGUUCCGGUCCAAGUCUCGACGUAUUCUGUGGACGCAUGCCCAGCCGGGCGGCGGGAAGUCGACUCUCUGUUCUUUUGUCAUUGGGCGCCUCUUCGAUGCUGGCCAUAAAUGUUCGUACUUCUUCUUCAAGUAUGGGCAUCGCGACAAACAGUCCACAAGCAGCAUGCUGCGCUCCCUUGCCUACCAAAUGGCCCUCCAGUUGCCCGAAUUCCGUCGCGCGUUGAUUGGCCUCGCAGAAUCAGGGGUUCGGGUUGCCCAGGCAGAUUCAGCUACGAUCUGGGAAAAGAUCUUCUCGUCUGCCCUUGCGGGCAUAAGGGCGGAUGAAGACAUGUGCUGGGUCAUCGACGGACUUGACGAAGCGGAGUCCAGCAAGCGAGUGGUAGAACUUCUCUCACGCGUGGCCGAGUUUGAGAGUCAAGUCCGCAUUCUUGUCUUCAGCCGGCCGCUCGCCAACAUCAAUCAGGCGUUUCAGUUGGCGAGGAGAAGGCUGCCCGUUGUGGACAUGCCGCUGCUAGACAAUCAAAACGAUAUCCGACGAAUGGUGGCCGAAGAGAUGGAUUACCUUCUCUCUGGCGACAACUUUAAGGCCCAAGCCGUGGACGAGAUUGUGGCACGAUCCCAGGGCAACUUUCUCUGGGCUAGCCUUGUUACCAAACACGUGGUCAAAUGUCACCGUGAAGAGCAGGUCAAACGAGUUCUGGACUCGACACCAAACGGCAUGCAUGCGCUUUAUGAUCGCAUGGCAGACGCGGUCAUAAACCUCGAGCUUGAAGAGGACAAAGUGCUGGCUAGAAUGCCCGUUACCGUUGAAGAGCUCUCGGAGAUUUACCCAGCGGAAAUGAGCUCGAUUAUGGACCUCAACCACACCAUCAGCCAGGUGUGCGGGCAAUUUGUCGUGGUCAACUCACAAGGCCGAGUAACACUGGUCCACCAUUCCGCCAGGGAGUAUCUCAAGAGGGCGAAGCGUCAGCUACUAUUUACUCUAGAUCCUGAACCCGCGAACGAAGAGAUCUUUAGCAAGUGUCUUGCAACCCUCUGCGACAAAGGCCUAAGACGGAAGCUUCACAUGCUGAAGGUUCCGCAAUUUCUGCCGUAUGCCUCGACGUCGUGGGCAUCACACCUCGAGCGCAGCCGAGCGAACUCCAACCACGUGCUAGACGCGCUCAUCAGGUUCUUCAAUGGCCCGUAUCCUCUCGCCUGGAUUCAGUAUUUGGCCAUGAGUGGUCGACUGAGGGAGCUCUUCACCGCUUCACGUAUACUCACCACAUAUUCUCCGGCCCUGAUCUACCAGUGCAUCCCCGCGCUCAGCCCGGUCGCCUCGAUCAUCCACCAGAGAUUCAGCGAGAACCCCAGCGCAACCGUAUCGGUCUCUGGGCUGACAAACGAGGAGUGGAACGACUGCUUGGCGCGCGUAUCAGGAGGCAGCGGUAAGGCCCUCCACUGGUCGCUCGAUUUCUCUGCAAACAACCCGGGAGAGGAGCGCGCCCUCGAGCUCAAGUUUGACGACAGAGACUCGUUGAUGAUGGUCUCGGAGUACAGGCGAGUCUACAAAUUGACGAGGCCGAACAUCGAGGAGUCAGCGUUCUGGAAGCGACAAGACCCGGACCUGCUCGAUGAACCAGGCGUUCCCGAGGGCACGUUCCUCAGCACGCCGUCCUGUGUUGCAUUCAACAACGAUUGUACCCAGAUUGCGGUCUCAUAUCGCGCGUUCCCCCUUUCCAUCUGGAUUGUGGAUCCCCCUAAAAUGAUCGCGCGGCUCAGGAGGAAAUCCAAACACGGCCGAGCGGUGAUGCACUCGUAUACAGGUGAUAACAAAGUCGUAUGGCAUCCAUCAGGUACAAUGGUCAUCGGUAUCUACGGUCGAAUAUUCAAAUGGAGCCCCGAGGAGGAUACUUAUGACGAGAUCAAGGGGGAAACGGACGUCGUUCCCCACGGACUUGCGUGCAGCCCGGACGGCCGAGUCUUCAUCACCAUGGACGUUGCGGGCUCCAUCAAGAUCUACGCCGUCUCGUCUAUGUCGCUCAUCUACAGAUUAAGAUCAGAGGACCGCAUCAAUCAGAUCCUUUUUAGCCCUGACAGCGUGAGAUUUUACGACCUUCGGGGGUCAUACUGCAACGUCUGGGAACCGAACUGCCUCCUAAGGCUCGCUGACGCGGCGUCCGAGCAGACCAGCGACACAGAGAGCACAGCGGACAACUUCUGGUCUGACACUGCUGAUACCCUCAGCACAUCCAUUACAUUCCCUGCAUCCGAGAGCCAGGCCGAUAGUAGCAGACCAGCAAUUACAGAUGUCGACCCCGGGCAAGCGCCUCACGGACUACUUGUCGCACACGCUAAUGCUGAUGGCUCAAUCAACGUCUACGAUACCGUAAGCGCUCGCAAGCACCAGAUUGACAAGGUCAUGUUCGGAAUGACUACUCUUAAGCAUCUGACCUGGAGCCCGCGGCUCAAUUGCCUGGCAUAUUCGCUACUCAACGGCGCGACCACCACCCGGUCCGUCACGGUCGAGUACACGGGCCCGAGAUCCGUGUCGACCGGGCCUGUGUAUUCCGAGCAAGGAUCACCCGCAGAACACGGAGCGGUGCUGGCAGACCGCCAGCUUCCGGAGCCAGACGAACCCGUGAAGUGGCAGCAACAUCCUUCAGACCCAGAGCAGUUGAUCUGCCUCUCGGCAAAGUCAGCCACCAUCUUCUCAUGGGCCAACCUCGAACCGAAUUCUUCUCCCAUCUUGCUCGCACUACGUACUAACUCUUUACCCGAGGCGAACCACGAGAACGUCUCAUUCCCCGCUCUCGAUGCACUCCUCGACAGCCACAGCCCUCGCUUCCUGCUGCUCCGCACCGUAGCAACCCACUCCGGCCGUCGGCGCUACAACUUCGCUGUGUUCCCAACCGAGCACAUCUAUUACCAUCCGCCCGUUGGCUCCCCCUCCCACAGCCCGGCCACCAUCAGUCCCACCAGCAGCGCCAGCAACCUGCCACCCCGUGCUCCAACUGAAACGAUCAAACCCCUUCCGAUACCUUCCACCCUCGCCUCAACGAUAGCCCACGCGGUUGGCAUCCUUUCCGACAACCGACUCGUCUUCCUCGACCGGCAACUUUGGAAGCACGGACAGCGCCCCAGCCCCGACGUGAGGCGACAUUUCUUUUUGCCGCAUGACUGGGUGACGACGGAGGGCUUGCGGCUGUGUAGGCUCCUGAGAGACGGGACGCUCCUGAUUCCUUGCAAGGGGGAGGUGGCGAUCAUAAGGGGGGAGCUAGUGCACGAUUAUUAG